AUGACGACAAAUGCCAACCAGCUCGCUGAACGCCGGCGUCUGCGUAAACUCGAGAACCAGCGAUUGGAAGAGGCGGCUCGACAGCGCCAGGAAGAGCUCCGCAGACAACAGGAGGCCGAACGCAAGCGCCUUGAAGACAAACGAAUAGCGAAGGAGCAGCGACGUCUCCAGGAGCUUGAGGAGAUCCGAAAGAAAAAAUCGGAGGAGGAAGAGCGAAUUGCCAACCUUGAGCAUGAGGAACGCCAGGUGAUCGCUGGCAUUGGGAAGCAGUUAAAACUUGUCGGGGCUUUCUGGACGUCAACACUUCAUGUACCAGGAAGUGAAGAAAAGGGAACUCUACCGAUGUGUACUGCGGUGAUAACAUCUCGAGCGUUGGAGAAACCUAUCCUAGGACUGGAAGGUGAUGUUAUCCUCGUUGGUGAUAACACCGCAAUGAUUCACGGAUUCGAUCGAAAAACCAGAGAACUGUUAUUUACUUCGUCAUGGAGUGACCUGAAAGAUGGUAACCCUUCUCUGAGAACGCCUAUGGCAAUGGCGGCGACGCGCUGUGGGCGUUUACUAGUGUGUGAGCAGGAAUGCGCUCGCGUCGCCGUCAUUGAUCUUCGCGUUCUUUUCCAAUUAUACAGGACGUGUGUUCUUGCCAAUCAAGUGACUGGCGGUCAUUUCUGCAACUUUGAGGCAUCAUCCGCUCGAAUGGCUUUUAUUGACGGGAAACCACACCUUGCGCUACCUCGUGGCCUUGCGGUGGAUGACGUAGCAGGGGAGUUUUAUGCUAGUGAUGAAGCAAGCAACUGUAUCAGGGUGUACAAACUACCGGCGAAUGCUGUGACCAAAGGUGUCACUCUUGAGCGAAGCAUUUCUGGUUCUCGUGACAUGGUGUUGAAACGACCAACAGGGUUUGAUCUCUCGCAUUAUCAUGUUGUUGUGUGCGAUACUGGCAACUCGCGUUUGGCUGUGUUUGCAAAGCGAGGGGCAUUCGUGCAGACUAUAGGUCGAAAGGGAAUGAGUGGUGGGGAGUUUUACGAUCUGCGCGAUGUCAAGUUGGUCAACGUUCGAAAGCGCGUUAUCACCCGAGGUGUUGAACCUGAAAGUGAUGGAGGAGUCUCAAACGAACAAUUUGACGCAAUUGUGGCAGAUUGUGGCAACUAUCGCGUACAAAUUCUCAACGAACGAGGAGAGUUUCUGAGGCAGUUGUCGUUACUUGGCAGUCUCGAGCAGAUUGUAUUCCAACACGAUCAAUUUGCAAACCUGCGUGCAGAGGUUGAGAGAGAAUAUGCUGCACUACAUAAACCUCCGCCUGAUUUAUCUGGUAAAGGUAUGGAUGGUAUUUACAGUCUUGCGACUCUACUGCAUCCGACAUGCCAAUGUUACGUUCAUCUGACGUCUUGCCUAAUGGAGUGGCGUGAAAAGCGUUCACGCUUCCAUCAUCCAUUCGCACUUGAAUAUGCUCCAUCUGAAAGAGAAAUCGUAGUGAUUGACCGAGAAAAUGCGAGUGUCUACACGUAUAACUUCGACGCAGCCGGAUGCACUUGGCUCCAGCUCCCGAAGAACCAACUCCGAGGUGUUUGCAGCGUGCACAGCUGUUUCCAGUUCAGCUUCACGUUUAGCAAUCCAAAAGGACAAACGAAAGACUCAUUGAAAGAACGAUGGCUGUACGUGAGUGACCCGAUAGCACACCGGGUGGCUGUGCUCGACGCUAGCAACCUGAGUCUAAAGUUCUUCAUCGGCGCGACCACGUAUGGCGAUCAGGAGCUCUGUUCAAACGGGUUUCUUCCUGGAGAGUUGAAUCAUCCAUCAUUUCUGGCGUUCUAUAGCGUGAAGAAUGGUGAAACAAACGAGGAAUAUCCUUCAUACCAUUCUAUGUUAGUAGUGAGCGAUAGCGGCAACCAUACCGUAUCGCUUUUUAACGCCCGAAAUGGUUCAUUCUGUGGCCGUGUUGGAGAAGGAUUUGGUCAUUUGGAAGGGUUCCUCAAUUCGCCACAAGGAGUUGCAGUUUGGAAAGACCGACUUCUUUUCGUCUGCGAUCAAUGCAACCACCGCGUUCAAAUCUUCGAUCUGAUUACCCGUAAAUUUGUGCGUAAUUUUGGUUGUAUGGGCAUGGCACCGGGUGAAUUCAAUUUUCCAACUGGUCUUGCACUUUGCCCAGCACUUCCCUUGACUCCACAAUGCAACUUUGGUCCUCAACGAUCUGACAAAAUCGUGGUUGCUGACACUGGCAAUUGUCGGGUGCAAAUUCUUGACCUAAAUGGUUGCGUGCAGUUAAUUCUUGAUUCAAAAGCCACACCAUUUGAUCUGCCACUUUCACCGAUUGGAGUCUGGGUGCAACAACGAAGUGGAUACAUACUCGUAAGUGACACUGACAACCGCUGUGUUGCCAUCUUUACGAACACUGGUGUAUUUCUUUCAGCAUUUGGAACCACAGGGGAAACGGAUACCCGAUUCGUUCAGCCUGCUAGUGUAACGAUCGCUUCUCAAGAUGAAGGUAUUGAGCUGCUCCUUGCUGCUGACUCUGGACGAUGCGAUGUAAGCACUUUCCAGCUUAGGCUGUGA